AUGUAACACUAACACCCCACACACACUCUCUCUCUCUCUCUGAAACUCUCAAAAGAUUGUAACAAUGGUGAAGAAGGAGCUCUUCCUGGGAAAUGAGGGUGCUGAUUCCGGUGCCAAAGAAGUCUCUCGAUCAGACUUCCCUCCCAAUUUUUUCUUCGGCGUCGCCACCUCUGCAUAUCAGAUUGAAGGUGCCUGCAAGGAGGGUGGCAGGGGUGCUAGCAUAUGGGAUUCUUUUUCACACACUGAAGGAAAAACUGUUGAUGGAAGCACUGGUGACAUAGCCGUGGACCAUUAUCAUCGAUACAAGGUCAGUGUUAUUAGUUAUUUCUAGCUCACUUUUUUCAUUUGCUUUCCCAGUGACUUUGUGUUGUUAUUGUUUUCUGGUGCUUAUCUCCGUUGAUUCCUUUUUCUCUUUGGGUUUGGUGAGGGGAGUUUGCUGAGAUGGAAAGAGACGGUGCCCCUUUGGCUGUACCUUUUAAGUUGAAUAGUCUGUCUAGCUAUUUUACUUGAACUCCCAUAAAGGAAAUAUUAAAUGUUGAAAAUUCUU